AUGCAGGAAAAUCUCAGAUUUGCUUCAUCCGGAGAUGAUGUUAAAAUAUGGGAUGCUUCAUCCAUGACAUUGGUGGAUAAAUUCAACCCACACACAUCACCACGUGGAAUCAGCUCAUUAUGUUGGAGCAGCAAUAAUAACUUUCUAGUGACAGCAUCUUCCAGUGGUGACAAAAUUGUUGUUUCAAGUUGCAAAUGUAAACCUGUUCCACUUUUAGAGCUUGGUGAAGGGCAAAAGCAGACAUGUGUCAGUUUAAAUUCCACAUCUAUGUAUUUGGUAAGCGGAGGCCUGAAUAACACUGUUAAUAUUUGGGAUUUAAAAGCUAAAAGAGUUCAUCGAUCUCUUAAGGAUCAUAAAGAUGAAGUAACUUGUGUAACAUAUAAUUGGAAUGAUUGCUACAUUGCUUCUGGAUCUCUCAGUGGUGAAAUUAUUUUGCACAGUGUAACCACUAAUAUAUCUACCACUCCUUUUGGUCAUGGUAGUAGCCAGCCUGUUCGGCACUUGAAGUACUCCUUAUUUAAGAAGUCGCUGCUGGGCAGUGUUUCGGAUAACGGAGUAGUAACUCUCUGGGAUGUAAACAGUCAGAGUCCUCACCAUAACUUUGACAGUACUCAUAAAGCUCCAGCUUCAGGCAUCUGCUUUUCUCCUGUCAAUGAAUUGUUGUUUGUAACCAUAGGCUUGGAUAAGAGAAUCAUUCUCUAUGACACUUCAAGUAAGAAGCUAGUGAAGACUUUAGUGGCUGACGCUCCUCUAACUGCAGUAGAUUUCAUGCCUGAUGGUGCCACUUUGGCUAUUGGAUCCUCCCGUGGGAAAAUAUAUCAGUAUGAUUUAAGGAUGUUGAAAUCACCAGUUAAAACCAUCAAUGCUCAUAAGACAUCUGUGCAAUGUAUAGUAUUUCAGUACUCCACUGCUCUUUCUAAGUCAGGUUUAAAUAAAGACUCUUCAAGUAAGGCCUCAGCUGUGAACAAACGGACUGUUCCUGUGAGCGCUGCUGGUGGGGGAGCUCCGAGUUCUGGAACUGUCAGAGAAGCCACUGCCCCUGCCACGGCCCUGCCACAGCCCAUGACGACAGCCGUGGGGAGAGGCACAGCUGCUGCCCAAGACAAAGCAGGUUUGUCUCGAAGCAUCAAUUCAGAUAUUUUAUCCAAGGAAGUAGACAGUGGAAAAAAUCAGGAUUUCUCCAGUCUUGAUGAUACUAGAGCCAGUAGUCUGGGGGACAUGUUCUCACCUAUCAGAGAUGAUGUUGUGGUUAACAAGGGAGGUGAUGAGUCCGUAGGCAAAGGAGAUGGCCUUGACUUUUUAACACAAUUGAACUCAGUGUUUCCUUCACGAAAAAAUCAAGGAGCCUCAGGCACUUCAGUAUUACAUUCUAGUCCCUUUAAUGUCUUUAUGGGAUCUCCUGGGAAAGAAGAAAAUGAACAUCAUGAUCUGACAGCUGAACUUAAGAAAACGUAUCCGGGAAAACAGGAACCUAGAGACUCCCUCAAACAGUUUGCAAAGUUGAUCUCCGGUGCUGAUACUGGAAGUCUAAAUACCUCUCCAUCAUCUAACCAAGCAAGAAGUCCUGAGAAAUGUGAAAAGCCCGAAAAAGAAAAGGAAGCCCGGUUACUAUAUGAAUCCACAGUCAAUGGAUCCUCAGCUCCAAAUCCAAAGUUAGCAUCUUCUGUCACAGCUGGAGUUGCCAGUUCACUGUCUGAAAAAAUAGCUGAUACCAUUGGAAAUAAUCGGCCAAAUGCACCAUUGACAUCCGUUCAAAUCCGUUUUAUUCAGAACAUGAUACAGGAAACAUUGGAUGACUUCAGAGAAGCAUGUCAUAGGGAUAUUGUGAAUUUGCAAGUGGAGAUGAUUAAACAGUUUCAUAUGCAAUUGAAUGAAAUGCACUCUUUAUUGGAAAGAUACUCAGUAAAUGAAGGUUUAGUGGCUGAAAUUGAAAGACUACGAGAAGAAAACAAAAGACUGCGAGCCCACUUUUGA